CCGCGCUGUCCGAUCGGUUCAGGGAAGCCUUUCGGCGUCCCUCGUGCUUUGGAGUGCAUAGGCGGAUGGAGGGGCGCUAGGACCCGGCGCGCUGCCAGCCGCCCUGCCGGCCGCCAAGGCAGCGCGGCAGACUCCUCCUUAUCUCCAGUGUCAAACUUGACAUCAGCCUGCAAGCGGAGCAUGGUAACUUCUCCUGCAAUCAGAGCGCUCACAUCAGUGGCAUGCUUCAGGAAGAUAUGCAGCUCGCGCUGCCCUCUGCUCCAGCAACAUGGAUUGUCACGUCUCCAUCCUCCUCCUCCUCCUCCUCGGAUCUGCUCUCAGCUGCUUUGGCGAACUGAGCCUGCAUCCUUCCAACGAAGUUAAUCUGCUGGAUUCAAAAGCAAUUCAAGGGGAGCUGGGCUGGAUCUCCUACCCAUCACAUGGGUGGGAAGAAAUAAGUGGCGUUGACGAGAGCUAUACUCCAAUCAGAACAUACCAGGUUUGCAACGUUAUGGACCACAGUCAGAAUAAUUGGCUGAGGACAAACUGGAUACCACGUAACUCAGCUCAGAAGAUCUAUGUGGAGCUCAAGUUUACCCUAAGGGACUGUAACAGCAUCCCACUAGUUCUGGGCACUUGCAAGGAGACUUUUAACCUGUACUAUAUGGAGUCUGAUGAUGACCAUUCUGUCAAGUUUAGAGAACAUCAGUUUACAAAGAUUGAUACCAUUGCUGCCGAUGAGAGCUUCACUCAGAUGGAUCUUGGAGAUAGAAUUCUUAAACUCAACACUGAGGUUCGUGAAGUGGGACCUGUAAGCAGGAAAGGAUUUUAUUUGGCUUUUCAAGAUGUGGGAGCAUGUGUUGCCUUAGUAUCAGUGCGAGUGUACUUCAAGAAGUGCCCUUUCACUGUAAAGAACCUGGCCAUGUUUCCAGACACAGUACCUAUGGAUUCCCAGUCUUUGGUGGAAGUGCGAGGUUCUUGUGUUAAUCAUUCCAAAGAGGAAGACCCUCCCAAGAUGUAUUGCAGUACGGAAGGAGAAUGGCUAGUUCCCAUCGGGAAAUGCUUGUGUAAUGCUGGCUUUGAAGAAAGGGGCUAUGCUUGCCAAGCUUGCCGACCAGGAUUUUACAAAGCCUUUGCUGGGAAUGUUAAGUGUGCCAAAUGCCCGCCUCACAGUUUGACAAAUGUGGAGGGUUCUAUGAACUGCAAGUGUGAAAAGAAUUACUUUCGAUCUGAGAGAGACCCUCCAUCUAUGGCUUGCACAAGACCACCCUCUUCUCCCAGGAAUGUUAUCUCCAAUAUCAAUGAAACAUCUGUCAUCCUAGACUGGAGCUGGCCUUUAGACACUGGAGGCAGGAAAGAUGUCACUUUCAACAUUAUAUGCAAAAAAUGUGGAGGAACUACCAAGCUAUGUGAACCAUGUAGUGCUAAUGUAAGAUUCCUUCCACGUCAGAUUGGACUCACCAACACCACUGUGACUGUAGUAGACCUUCUGGCACACACCAACUACACAUUUGAAAUAGAUGCAGUGAAUGGAGUGUCUGAUUUGAGUACCUACGCAAGACAAUUUGCUGCAGUCAGCAUUACAACAAAUCAAGCUGCUCCAUCCCCUAUUACAAUAAUUAGAAAAGACCGGACAUCCAGGAACAGUGUGUCUCUGUCUUGGCAAGAACCUGAACAUCCUAACGGGAUCAUCUUGGACUACGAAGUCAAGUACUACGAAAAGGAACAAGAGACAAGUUACACCAUUCUGAGAGCAAGAAGUACCAAUGUUACCAUCAGUGGCCUCAAACCAGACACCACUUACGUUUUUCAAAUCAGAGCCCGGACGGCUGCGGGAUAUGGAACCAACAGUCGCAAGUUUGAGUUUGAAACCAGCCCAGACUCUUUCUCCAUCUCCAGCGAGAAUAGCCAGGUUGUAAUGAUUGCUGUUUCAGCUGCAGUAGCAAUUAUUCUGCUCACAAUUGUGGUUUACAUCCUGAUUGGGAGAUUCUGUGGCCAUAGCAAGUCAAAACAUGGUGCUGAUGAGAAGAGGCUGUAUUUUGGCAAUGGGCAUUUGAAGCUCCCAGGCCUUAGAACAUACGUCGAUCCACAUACAUAUGAAGAUCCCAAUCAAGCUGUACACGAAUUUGCCAAGGAACUAGAUUCUACUAGCAUAGCCAUUGACAAGGUUGUUGGGGCAGGAGAGUUUGGAGAAGUAUGCAGUGGUCGUCUAAAGCUUCCUUCUAAAAAGGAAAUUUCAGUAGCAAUCAAGACGCUGAAAGUUGGCUACACAGAGAAGCAGAGAAGAGAUUUUCUAGGAGAGGCGAGCAUCAUGGGGCAGUUUGACCACCCCAACAUCAUCCGACUAGAAGGAGUCGUCACCAAAAGUAAACCUGUCAUGAUUGUUACAGAGUAUAUGGAAAAUGGCUCUUUGGAUAGCUUCCUGAGAAAACAUGAUGCUCAGUUCACAGUCAUCCAGUUAGUGGGAAUGCUUCGUGGAAUUGCAUCUGGCAUGAAAUACUUGUCAGAUAUGGGUUAUGUCCAUCGUGACCUGGCUGCCCGCAACAUCCUCAUCAACAGCAACCUGGUAUGCAAAGUCUCAGACUUUGGUCUUUCCCGUGUUUUGGAGGAUGACCCAGAAGCUGCUUACACAACAAGGGGGGGAAAGAUUCCAAUCCGAUGGACAUCACCAGAAGCCAUUGCUUACCGCAAAUUUACAUCAGCCAGUGAUGCAUGGAGCUAUGGAAUUGUUCUUUGGGAGGUGAUGUCUUAUGGAGAGAGACCAUAUUGGGAGAUGUCCAAUCAAGAUGUAAUUAAAGCUGUGGAGGAAGGGUACCGCUUGCCACCACCCAUGGACUGCCCAGCUGCCUUAUAUCAGUUGAUGCUGGACUGCUGGCAGAAAGACAGAAACAACAGACCGAAGUUUGAGCAGAUUGUCAGCAUCCUGGACAAGCUGAUCCGUAAUCCCAGCAGUCUAAAAAUAAUCACCAAUGCGGCUGCAAGACCAUCAAAUCUUCUUCUGGACCAAAGCAGCAUUGAAAUUUCAGCCUUCCGCUCAACAGGUGAAUGGUUCAAUGGCAUUCGGAUAGGACAAUGCAAGGACAUAUUCACAGGAGUCGAAUACAGCUCAUGCGAUACGAUAGCCAAGAUUGCCUCAAAUGAUAUGAAGAAGGUUGGUGUGACUAUUGUUGGGCCACAGAAAAAGCUUAUUAGCAGUAUUAAAUCUCUAGAAAUGCAUACAAAGAAUGGCCCUGUCCCUGUGUAAAAGUACCAAAAUGUCAACGCUCAGGACACAACAAGAGGAAGCAGAGAAGUUGCUGCCAAGGGCAUGGUGAUGCUUGAGAAACUUCAGUACUUAAAAGGCACUCUUGUAACACUGUCAGAAACCUUAUGUUUGGGUGGAAAUUUCAAGCCUGCUAAGAGACUCUCAUGUUGAGUUAAAUUGCCUUAAAAUAGGAAUGAAAAAUUGUUUUUUUCUAUCUCUUAAUCUUGAUGGAGGGGUGCACCCCCCCUUGUAAUAAUGGACUGCUCAACCAUAUAACGCAUUUGUGGAGGGGGGAAGUUAAAACUCCUUCAGCAUAACCUAGAGCCAUUCAAAUGUUAAUGGACUGAAUACCAUGAAAGACAAACAAAUAAACCAUGGAUGUAGUGCUGUGGUUUGACUGAUCGUCAACAGCAGCGAGGAAAAAAGAAUACCCUUGCAGUAUUUUUUUAUAUGCAGAAAACAAAGGAGACUAGUAUUUUAUUUCUUUAAAGUAAUUCUUGUAAUGCUAUUAGAGGAUAAUACCUCAGACUUGCUUGGCCAUAUCUGCAACAACAUAUCUUGCAAUAUUCUGUUUCAGCUGUGGAAGGAAAUACACAAAUAAUGUUUGGGUUACAAUGGAGGCAAUAGUUCAUAAAAUGCUUUGGUGCAUUUUUUUUUAAAAAGAGUCUUAAUUUUCUAAAUAAAAGGAAUAUUUAUUUCCCUUUUAAUGUUUUCUUAUUGUUUUUAUUUAUAUAUGUUUUGAUUAGCAUUAAUGGCUGCCAAGUGCCAAGUUCUUUUAGACUUUGGCUGCAACCUAAUAUUUGGAAGGAAUUUCAAUGAAAUCAAUGAGGCUUACUUCCAAGUAAAUGCACCUCAAUCCAGAGGAGCUACUGUGCAUGUAGAAAAAAGUUUGCAUGCAAAAAAAAAAAAAAAAGUGGACAUUUCCAUGCACUACUUUGCAUAGUACAGUCCAAGGGAACACACAAUCAUUUUCCCACAAGGAGACUAGCCUUGGUGUACUUGUUGGCAUUAUCCUCAUGAUCCAACACAAGUUUGCAAAAUUGCAUGUACUUUGAUGUUUGCAGUGUGCGCAUAUUGUCAAAUUGUGGCCAGAUUUUUUAAUUUGUUUAGAGUUAGAAUCCUUUGUAAGAAACAGACUGUAUGAUAUGUUACUUGGUGGCAAAAUUAUAUGCUUAAAAUAACCUGGGAUCCAAAAAGGGAAAGAUGGACGGGCAGAUCAAGCUUUUUUUUUUUUUUGGCUGCCCUUUUACCUUAAACAAAAAAGAGUUGUCUUUUUUUAAAUAAGGUAAAAGGGGGGACUUUCUCCUCACCCACUCCACCCUUGCUGCAGCUGCCACCGCCACUGCCCACAGAGAGGGGCGGCAAAAUUUGAGGAGGGGCAAAAUUUGCUGCUCCUCAAAUUUUGCUGCCGUAGGCAAAUGCCUACUCUGCCUCUCCAUUAAUUCACCGUUGGAGAUGGACAUCGUUUUCCUUAGUUCUCAUAAUAGAGAUUGGCAUCCACUUGGAGUAAAUGAUUACAGUAUGCUUCUGAAAGUUUAAUGAAAGAUUGUACGUGUACAGUGUGUAUUGAAUGAUCUCUAGAUCAACAAGUAUAUUAUAUUCCCCUUUUUUUUUUUUUUUGCUUCAUUUGGCCUCAUUUCAUCAUCCUUCUCCACAGUAAGUAGCAGUGUUCACAUUGAUUCUAAUUCAGUUAUUCUUGGUAGAACUUCACAGGGGCAAUGCAGUCUAAUGCAGUAUGUGAUCCAAUAAUAAUUUUUUUUAAAUGAAUUUCACUGCAGAAUUCUGAUAUCCUAGCCAUACAUCAGCACUGGUGUAGCUAACUGGCUCACUUUUGUAACUUCUAUGCCCCUCCAACAUCCCUCUCAAAACAUGGUACUAGAAGCCCAGGUUCAGCUUCUGCAAGUAUUUGGUAUUGACCAAUCCGGUGGCAAGCACUUUCCUUCUCUGUAGAUCUGAUUUUCAGAUCUAAAUGCAAAAUUCUUGCUAGCAGCAAGUAAAUCCCUCUCCCACAAAAUAAUAAUAAUAAUGUCAAUGUUCUCAGUAGUACCAUGAAUUGUCAAGGAGGAAAUAUUAAAUGGCUGGCGGGCGGGGGGAUGUUCAUUUAUAAGUUUCAGAAUAAAUUUUAAAGUUUAAUUAUUCUUAGUUUUCCCUCAUUGUCUAGUAAUACUGUGGAACAUUACUCUGAGCGUGCUUGGUUGGUACUAAGGACAAAUUUCAUCGUUUGUUCAAGAGGACAUUAAUUUUUGCAGAGGAUUUUUAAACAGCUUUUAGUCUUCUCUUUCGUAUAAAUACAAUUUUUUGUACUUUUCAGUGACCUCCUAUAACCCAUAUACCCCAUUUCCCCCUGUACAUAUGUAAACAUAGCAGUGUACAAUUCUUAACUGUGGAGUAGAGAAUAAUAGAUUUUUUUGUGGCCAUCUCCUGUACAGGACCUGCCUUUGAUUAUUAUUUACAUCAAACAAACCACACAAAGUCUUCACAAAGAAUAUGUACCAUAUUAUGGAUUUUGUAUCUUUAAAAUAUUGUUUUACAUAUAUUAUUUAUUUCUGUUAACAUAUAACAUAGUUUUUGUUGUACUUAGAAUCCAAUAAGCAAUGUAUAGAUGUGAUUUGAACUGGCAAAUCUGCAUUUACUUUUAACUUUUAAUUCAAAGCAUUACUUACUCAUUUAGUUUAUUAUGUUGUGCAAUUGUAGAUGGCCUAUUACUAAUGUAAAAUGAUUUGUAGUGGAAACAUUUAUAUUUUUAUAAUAAACAUAAUGAAAGUAUUUUUUA